AUUAUUUGUGUAGUUUAAUUUAGACAAGAUAAGAGGUCUUAAACUUUGUGAUCUAGAGCCAACUCUAGCCUACUUGUUGAAAACUUUAUAUUUAACAGCAGACUGUCUUUUGUUGUGUUACCACUGAUGUCAGAUUGCAACUGUUAUGGAAUCCACAGUUUGAUGUGUUGUCAAAGUCAGAAUAAUAAUUAACAGCUGAGGCACCUGUGUGAGCUUAAGUGAUGCACGCUACAGUUUUCUUGUCAUUGACAAGUUCACCAAAGCGAUUCAAAAAUUUUUCUUGUCCUCUACCCUUUGUUGUCCUUUUCAAAUAUUUAAUAGUGCAUUUUAAGAUAUCUUUCACCCUAAGGAAUAAAUGUUUUGUUCUCAUUUUCCUUUAGAGUGGUAAGGCUAAUAGAAAAGUGUCUGUUACCGCAGUACUUUUAAGUUAGAAGAACCGUAGACAUCUGUCAUUAGUGGUUUUCUGUCAUAAUCCCUCUAUGGUAUGGAGAUUUAAACAAAUAGAGUUGUGGGAGAAUCAGGAUCAUGCAGACCAAUCUACCCUGUCCUACCUGCCCUUCUCCAAACAAUUGAGCAGGUGCAUGUAGUCUUUCUGCCAAAACCGUAGCUGCCACUCAUGCCCAAUUAAAGUACAAUCCUGUUUUACAGUGAAAGGUGUUUGAACGUGCUCCUACCAAGCCCGACCAUAUGGAUCAAAUACAGCUGUGCGGUUGUAGUAUUUCAUCAAGCUUUCUGUGUCUUACUUUGUAGCUUGAAAGAUCAGCGAAGGCUGGUUGCUUUCUCGUGUGAGAGGUUUGAUUGAUGGAAGCCUUGUAUGUAGUAUUUUCAAUGCCUCAUGAUGAACCAGUCUUCAAAGAUCUAACAAACGGGACACAAAGAGCAUGAAUUAGCAGCUUUGUUUGCACGACUGUUGAGCGGAUUAUCUUAGCAUCAACCAUGAAAGGCGUCUUUUUCAAUUUGGACAUUAAAACACCUGAAACCGUGACUAGAUAAAUUUUUUUUGACAACUACUACUGUACCACGCUUUCUGUGACCCAUCAAUGGCACCUGUAGUCGUGUGUACACAAACAUAGUCAUGUUUGCACAUCAUACCAUAUGAUGACAGGAUAUUGAUAGCGCAUUAUCAUCAGCAGUUCAAAUACACGCAUAUUAAAAGCAGAACAAACAUGUCCGUCAAGGUAAUCUCGUCUUCCCUCGAUGCUUUGAAUGAGACAGAAGGUUUCAGUUAUUGCCAACUCAGUCCCAGAGCAAUAAAGUGAUUCAUCGUCUAGAUUACGUUUUAACAGGAAGUUGAUUGAGAGCAUAAUCCAUAUUGAUUCUCUUGAUGGAAACAGGAAAUAGCAGAGUUAGAAAUAAAAUCAUUUGUUGUUCCUAGUGAGAAGCGACCCCAGAGGAAAAUGGAAAGCAAUUGCAAGCUGAUGAGUGGCACUGCCCCCUAGCACCACUUCUUCUAGCCCCACCGCCCUUUUCCUCUCAAGCCCCUUAGAGACCAGAGAGAGACGUCAUCAGGGUUGUUGUGCUCUUGGCCUCCAUCUCCUGCCGCACAACUACACACCGGUGCGCUAGUCUAAUUAGGAGGGAAAGAUACAAUUUAGCCGGCGUAGUCAGCUUUCAGAAAUUCAAGAAUAACUUACUUCAGUGCUUUUAUGUGAAACUCCAAGCCAUGUAGGUCUGUGGAAUAUUUAAGGUUAUGUGUUACUGGCAGGAUUUGGAUGAGAGAUGGCAUAUACUCCACCUGCUGUCAGGUAGGGCAACAGAAGGGAUUUGGGUGUCAGCAUGACUGAUGCUGGUAUUUCAUUCAGAAGCCUCUGCAAUAUAUAUAAAUACUUCUCUCAUUAGGGAGACGACAGAUGUUUCCUAAUUGGGAUCAUGGUGAAACUGGGGCGGUUACUGGGUUGUGCUUCUCUGUAUGUGCGUAAACCCCACAUUAAGGUUGUCUUGAGAGUAGGAACGUUGACAAUAAUCCAUCCGUCCUCGCAGGCACGCCACAUCUGGAGGAAUGAAAUAAGACAGAAUCAUUGAAUAAUCCUCAGGCAGGCACUUUAAAUUCCUCGCUAUAUUCAGCAGAGGUAAUUGCUGACAAUGUAAGAAGCUUUUUCCAUUACGGGGGAAAGCUGACAGACUGAAGUAUCUUUUCAUGCCUGCAGAAGCAGCUUGUACACACAUUUUGCGCCCUGCCUGAUUUGAUUAAGAUUGAUCUGUCCUCCACAGCUGUAUCCUCGGCUCCGGGUUUUUCCAUGCUUGUUUUUGACCAUUUGAGAGCAGAGAUUAAAGAUGCUCCCACCUCAUCUCCCGUACCGAACACACACACAUACACACAAAACCCUCGUGGACUGCCGACGUCACUGAGCGAGGGGACUUUGAGCUCAUUAAGCAGAGGGCUGUGAUAUUCUCAAUCGAGACUGUGGGACUCCCAACCGGCCUAUUUAUAGAGCGCACAUCUCCAUGGCAGUCAUCACUGCGCUAGCAAAUCGCAGUCAUGGCCCCAGACACCAAUUAAGAAUGAAACAAAUGCCUUUUAGACAGGGCGUGUCCCUCCUUCACUCCUGCCGGCCCACACUGCCUUCUGCUCUGGGAGCGGAUCCUCCCCCUGUCUCUUCCUGAGGAUGCGUGGGGCAUCGGGAGGACAGCACGCAGAGAACUGGCGAAGCCUUGCUGCGGUGCUGGAUAUUUUUAAAUGCACCUCCUCUCCAUCCCCCUUACCCCACCCCUACCUCUCCCCCUCUCCUUCGCCUUAGAAAAGUGAGAGUAAUGGGUAUCUUUUUUUUUUGUUAUGUGUGCAUGAUCCCCUGUCUGUUCGUAUGCACUGGGAUGCUGUUGGAUGCAAUGAAUCGCAGUGACUCAUAGAGGGACUUCAGAGAGUUCCAACAGGUUAGAAGAGUGAUGACCAUCCUGUUCGUUACUAUGGUUAUUUCAUACUUCAGUUGCAUGAGAGCUGCGCCCAUGAGAGAGAUCCCGGGCGUGCAGGGGGGCCACCGGGCCGAGGGCUACCUGGGCGCCGCUGCCGCUGCUGCCGCUGCCGUCACAUCGGGCAGCCGAGGCCACGGGACUCCACAGAGUGGGGGCGGGCUGCCCUCGCUCACGGACACUUUCGAGCAGGUCAUUGAGGAGUUGCUUGAGGUGGAAGGGGAAGCGACGCAGCAACUGGGGCCUGGGGCCGACCAGGGCCAAGGAGGGGGCGGCCCUAUAGAUGCGGCAGACUCGAAGGACGUUGACCUGUAUGCCUCGCGGGUGAUGAUCAGCAACCAAGUGCCUUUGGAGCCGCCGUUACUCUUUCUCUUGGAGGAAUACAAAAACUACCUGGAUGCCGCCAACAUGUCGAUGCGUGUGCGGCGACACUCGGACCCCGCACGGCGGGGGGAGCUCAGCGUUUGUGACAGUAUUAGCCAGUGGGUGACAGCUGUGGACAAAAAGACGGCAAUAGACAUGUCGGGCCAGACGGUCACCGUUCUGGAGAAGGUCCCCGUGACUAAUGGUCAGCUGAAGCAAUACUUUUACGAGACCAAAUGCAACCCCUUGGGGUACACAAAGGAGGGCUGCCGAGGAAUAGACAAGCGGCACUAUAACUCGCAAUGCCGGACAACCCAGUCUUACGUGCGAGCCCUUACCAUGGAUAGCAAAAGGAAGAUCGGCUGGCGGUUUAUACGGAUAGACACUUCGUGUGUAUGCACAUUGACCAUUAAGAGGGGCAGAUAGUGUACACAAUGUAUAGAUUUUAUUGAGAGUUCUAAAAAAAGAGAGAGAGAAAGAGAAAAUAUCUAUUUGUAUAUACAUAACAGGGUAAAUUAUUCAGUCAGAUAAAAAUUUUAUGGACUGCAUGUAAAAAAGAAAAAGUUUAUACAGUAAGUGAUACUACAGUCUAUUUAUUGAACAUAUUCAUGACCUUGUAAACAAUUAAAAAAAGAUCUGAUCAGUCAUUUGCGCCCAGUUCAAAUUACUAUAUCACAUUCCUCAAGACAUUGUGUUUUUUACGUUGCCAAGAUUUUGAGAGAUGAGGAGAGGAGGGGGUGAGGAAGAAUUACAUUCAAGAAAGAAAAAAAAAGAAAAAAAAAAGAAAAAACUUGCAUGCUGCUUCAAUUGUGAAUUGAAAAACUGUCCACUUUGGGAAAACAAGGAAUCGGUUUCCGACCAAAACAUUCCGUUUACAUUCUCAACCGUAACAGGAUUUCCUCCUCUCAGUACUCUGUCUGUUUACUAUCCUCAACUUCUCAAGGUAAUGUUGGAAAUACAUACUAUGUCAAGGUGCUGUUGUCAAAGCUUUGCUGUUUAUUUUUUUAUCCCCACAAGAUGAAAAAAAAUAUAUAAAAUAUAUAUAUAUAUAAAAUUUAUUCAUUGACAUGUGUUCUGGAUUAAUAUAAUUCAUUUUGUAUGUUGUGAAGUUGUUUGCAAUAUUAAAUUGAAAUAUUUGAAGAAAUAAAAUUACUAUAGGCAACUGAAAAACAAAA